CAACUGAGCAGUGAAGUGAGUGAAUGUUCUCUGUGAGCAGUUGCCACCAGUCGCUUUCUGUGAUUUCUGUCAUUUUGUAAUCAAUUAUCAUUUUGUAAUUUGUUUGUAUUCGAUUCAUAAUCGGACAGUGGGUGGAAUGGACAGUCUUGUUUAAAUAUAAUUUCUUUCGUCAUAAAUUCGAUGCCAUCGAGCGCGAGGAGGGGAAUUUUGUUCAGUGCAAAAUCGAAACUGUAAUUGAUCAGUGGGAAUUUCGAGAACGUUUACGAUGCCUGUGACACUGGUGGACAGGUUGCCAUUGCCGAAUCUCAAGGUUUACUCGGCGGGCAGUGUGCUGCUGUUGUCGGUGGCGGUGUAUUACGCGGUGAAUGUGACGAGCGACCCCAACUGGCGCGCCAAUGUAACGCUGCAGCGCCAGGGGGACGCCGACGUGAAGAUGGUGCCGACCGACGAGCCCGCGGCGAACGCGUCGCGGAACCUGACCGACCACUUCGCCGAAGUGGUCACCUUCAUGGUGCAGGAGCCGCUGUGCAUGUGGACGCUGAUCAACAUGGCGUACUGCUCGCUGGCGCUGUUCGGCUUCGUGCUGCAGCGGCUGGUGUUCGGGCGGCUGCGCGUGGCGGAGGCGCAGCGCGUCAAGGACAAGUUCUGGAACUACGUGUUCUACAAAUUCAUCUUCGUGUUCGGCGUGCUCAACGUGCAGUACAUGGACGAGGUGCUGCUGUGGUGCUCGUGGUUCACGCUCGUCGGCUUCCUGCACCUGCUGGGCCAGCUGUGCAAGGACCGCUUUGACUAUCUGUCGUCCAUGCCGGCCGCGGCGCGCUGGGCGCACACGCGGCUGCUGGCGCUGCUGGUGGGCAUCCUGUGCGCGGCGGGCGCGCUGCUGGGCGCGGCGCUGGCGUGGGGGCUGCCGGCCGGCGCGGACACGUUCGCCUUCAUGGCGGCCGAGUGCGUGCUGGUGGGCGUGGCGGCGCUGCACGUGCUGGCGCGCUACUCGCUGCGCGCGCGCGACGCCGACGCGGCCGGCCCCGCCGCCUACUACACGCAGCUGGCCUUCGACGCGCUGGCGCUGCUGACGGAGACGUGCCACGUGGCGCACAUGGUGCUGUACAGCAACGUGGUGGUGUCCAUGGCGUCGCUGGUGCUGCUCAUGCAGCUGCGCCACCUGCUGCACGCGCUGCUGGCGCGCCUGCGCCGGCACCGCCUCUACUCGGCGCUCGCCUCGCACAUGAGCCGCAACUACCCGAUGGCAAGCCCUGAGGAGGUGGAGAAGAACGAGGACAACUGCGCCAUCUGCUGGGAGCCCAUGAAGGAGGCGCGCAAGCUGCCCUGCGCGCACCUCUUCCACAACUCGUGCCUGUGCCGCUGGGUGCAGCAGGACGCGUCGUGCCCCACGUGCCGGCGCGCGCUGUCGGCGGCGCCCGAGCCCGCGCGCGCCCCGCUGGCGCCGCGCCCGCCGCUGCCGCCGCUGCCGCCGCUGCCCGACGUGCGCCCCAACCACCUGUUCCACUUCGACGGCUCGCGCUACGUGUCGUGGCUGCCCAGCUUCUCGGUGGAGGUGACGCGCGUGCGCGACCCGCCCGCGCCGCAGCUGCUUAACGCCAUGAUCGAACAGGUGCUGCAGGUGUUCCCGCAGUACCCGCGCGCGCUGGUGGCCGCCGACCUGCACGCCUCGCGCUCCGCCGACCUCACCAUCGACAACAUCCUCGAGGGCCGCCUGCCGCCGCCGCCCGCGCCCGCGCCCGCGCCCGCCUACGUGUCUGCGCCCGCGCCCGCGCCCGCACCGGAGCCCGCGCCCGCGCCGCCGCCCGCGUCGCCCGAGCCUGUGAGCGUGCAGUUCUCCGAGCACGCGGCGGAGCGCGAGGCGAUGCUGCGCCACCGCAAGGAGCAGCUGCUGGCGGCGGCGCGCCGGCGCUACCUCGAGCGGCACCCCGCGCCCGCCGCGCCCGCCGCCCCCGCCGCCCCCGCCGCCCCCGCCGCGCGCCCCGGCGGCUCGCGCAGCUGAGUGUUCCGCAACCUCUUCGUGCGCCUCGCCCAUCGCAGCGUCGGCCGCCCGAGCGCCGCCCGCCGCUUCGCGCACGCGGACGCGCCCGCCGGCGGCAUCUGCGGGCCUGCUCCUGCUGGCGCCCAACGGAAUCCCUUCGCCAGCGCCUUCCCUGGCGUACACCCUGGCGUCACCGGUUAUACCACCGAUAAUAAUAUUGGCACUCGCACAGAUGAUGGCGCUAGUACUGGUCGUACAUCCGCUGGCGCCGCUGCUUUUUCUGCCCCCCUCCAUACUGGUGCUGACGUUACUGGCACCGCGACUGGGAGUAUCGACGCCGCCUAUGUUACCGAUUCUGGAAAUAUUCACUCAGCCGUUGGCAGUUCUGGCACCUUCGGUAGUGCUGUUGGCAAUCGUGUUUUGGACGUCGGCGUUGAUGCAACCGGACUGGGACUAAAAACCGUCAGUAGGGAAAGUGGAGAUGUUUUAAAUAGGGCUAAUUCACUCGAUUCCAAAGGCAACUCGAGAAACGACACUGCCAGUGAUGUGACAGCUGCGAGUGGCACAGGAAAUGGAGUUGCCAGCGCGUCCGCCGAGCCGUGCUUUGCGUCCGCCACCUUCGUGCUGUACGCCCCGCGCGCGGCGCGCAGCAGCAGCCAGCACGCGUACCUCAGCAUGCGGCGCCUGCUGCAGGCCACGCGUGCGCGCGGCCUGGCGCCCUACAACAACUCCAACGUGUAAAAGACUCCCCAAAUACUUACUUCAUUUUAAUCAUAUUUCAAGUAGACCAAGAUAUGUACAUCUAUUAAAUAUUUUCUCAAUAUUCGUUACAUAAAAAUUAAGAUAUAACCCCGUUGGCAUCGUCGUUUCCUUCUCUGGCACUGAUGUUUUUUUGUUCCACAAAAGGUGUCUUAAUUAUCUCACACAAAAUAAUAUUUUAUAUAAAUUUUUGUGCACACGGUAUACACUAUUUUAAAAUUUUGAUGAUUUUUGUGUUUAAUAAAAAAGCAUUUAAAUCACAAUCGAGUCUAGGGCUGGACCCAAACAGACCGCGCAUACUGUAUCGUCGUACCUGUAGGGGAUGUAUUUUGUCGUACAUAUAUGCUUCUCGGAUUAACGCAUCUGAGCAUCAGGUUACUGGCAAAUGACGUAUACAUUAUCAGAGGCGGAUUAAAUGUUGAGAGUUCUACUUAUUAUACUUAUACAAUUAAUUUAUAAUAAUAUUUUUUUGUUUAAAUACUCCGCGCGAACGCUCUUGAAGGUUUCGCAUCACUGGGCGCGUGGUAUGUAUGAUCCGCCUCUGUAUUGUAUGUUAAAUUAUAAUCGAAUUCAAAAUAUUAUUAAAUAAUUCCACUCAAAUAACCUUACGGACGUUUUAGAACCAUUAAACAUUUCGUCUAGGGGAUCUAAUGUAAAAAUUACGUAUUUUAAUCCGGAAAUUUAGUAGGAGUAACAUAAAUUCGAUAUCUAACUGUAAAUAUCAUUCUUUUGGUACUCAUGUAAGCCUAGCAUGCGACCAAGGACAUAUCUCGUAAAGGAGAAUCAACAAAAAAUCAACCAAUGGCGGCGGUGUAGUCCCAGUCCUAUCUCUAUCAUUCCAACGCAAUGAAAGAGAUAGCGAUGUUUCCGGUUGCGCACUGUUGGUUGUCAUUUAUCUAGUUCUCUUCACGAGUUAUGUCGUCUGGUCACAUGUUAGGGCUACUGAAGUUUUAGUGCCUAAGUACUGGGCUUAGGGUUGACAACAUUUUUUCAGAAAAAUAUAACAUUUGUCAUAUUUAAGUUGAAAAAAAUAUAGUACACUUGAAGAAAAUAUAGUAUUUUUUUGGAAUAAGUAAAAAUAGACGAAGAUAAUUAUUAUAUUGGUUGUUGCCUAUUUAUUUUUAUAAAAUCCAUAUUUACUGGCAAAUCUCUCUUUUGCAUUUUUCAAGAAUGUUUUCUCUAAAAUAAGUGAGUGGCAGAUGAUUUGUCACAUUUAAUUUUAAAAUUUAUGAAAAAGAACUUUAAAUUAGACUCUUUUUGGAUAUGCCGACUAAUGCUUGUGCCGAAAAUUAAUGAAAUGAAUGAAUUAGAAAUAUAGUAUUUUCGCGUACUAUAUAUUUUCAACAGUAUAUAGUACGCAGACCCAAAAUAUAGUACAACACUAUAUAUUAUAGUACGGUUGGCAACCCUAACUCUGGGCUUACUGUAAGCUCCGACUCGACGUACCUUAGUGGCAGUCGUCGACGUAAGCACACAUGCGACGGUAGCACGGUAGCGGUGAUGUAAGGCUGACUUUGACUGAGUUAUUGUAGGUGUAUAUACUUAGAGCUCGAACGUUUCGUACGUCUGUUUAUACUUGGAGCGUUCGGACGGUCAUCGGUACUGCGAUACAAAGACAAUAGGAAUAGUCGCGACAAACAUUUGAAUAUUAAUGUGAUGAAUUUGAAUUUCAUGAAACCAAAGUACUUAGUGUUACGGAGUUUGACGAUAACAGUGUUCUUGUAAUAAGUUACUUUAUAUGUAUACAUCAGUCUUUUGGGACGCAAUACAGCUGAGCUAAAGUUUCGGUAAUAUAAUUUUAGGCAAACUGUCAUAAAUGAGUCUUUCCCUGCGUAGAACAGGGGUGUGAUUGGGGUGGGACGACGGGGGUGUACGAAAAAGGGACGGAAACGCGCGCCUGGCGCUUGUACUUGUACUAUUUAAUUGUGCACCUCGCUCUGUGACGUCACUAUAGCCCAAUUCCGCGAAUAUCGAAUGUUACUUAAGUGUCACGGAUCACACGAGACAGCCACAAACAUCGCCACAAGAACCAAAAAGGGGCCACAAAAGUAGCUGAAAAGCGCGACAGCCACUUGUGGCCGGUGGCUGCUACUUUUUGAAUCCCAACUCACAGGACGGGAUUGAAUCUGACAGACUACGUGCAUGCGUUGCCGUCGACUCUAACAGGUUUACUGAGGUAAGGGAGACAGUGGUACGGAAUUGCGCGAGUGGUGUGUGGCGGCGUGUAGUGGCCGGUGCGGGCCACAAGAAGCGAGCACGACGAUUGUAGCGUGUGGCGGCCACCGGCGACAACCGUGUGGGUAAUAUCCAUAUAAAAUGUGUGAAAAUGUGUACAAUAUGCCGGUAGCGGCGUUUUGUGGUUGUGGUCGGUGGCUCGUGUGCGGAAGCCCUAACAUACGCGGGAGAGAGUUACAUAGUCUAAUCGCACAUAUGUUGUUUACUAGCUGCUACCGAGUAUCGUAGUACUUGAUGACUGACUGACUGCCGACCCCGUCCAGCCUGCCGGACGACACACCGUCCGUCAGGCUGGAUGCACUUUUACAUGCGUUAUGUAUACUCAGAGGCACAAUUAUCCGCCCUCUUUUAUAUGACGCAAGUAUAUUGAAGUGGGCGGAUAAUUGUGCUUCUGAGUAUAUAUUUUUUACUAUUCCGCUUGAAUGUUUCGCACAUGUUUACAGUCCACGUUUUAAAUAAUAAACACCCUUUACAUACUCGAUGUAUCCAUGGUGUAUACAGUUAUUGUGUAUAAUGAUAGUAUAAUGUGUUAUUUGUCUACACUUAACCAAAAAUAAAUGUAUUCUCAUUCUACACGUACGCACUUAUAUUAAAGGUGAAAAUUUGUAAAUAUGUGAAUGUUGAGAACAUUAACAAAAUGUAUGCAAGAAGCGACAAAUGCGUCUUUCGGAAACUGAAAGGAAAACUACAUUAAUUAAAAUACCAGUGAACAUUCUGUCCAAUAUUAAAUCGUUUGAAACCUUUCAUACUUAUAACUCAUGCAAUUUGUUUUUUUUAAUAAUAAAUGUUUGUCCACCAUUUUGUAAAAUAAAAUGAAUGUGAUAUUUUAGAAUAUAAACUAUGUGAGUGGUAUUCGUAAUUCGCAAACUGUCCGGAUUUACUCGUCCGUGUCUCGGUCAGCGUAGGCCUGAUUAGUUAGACUCCUCUCACAAUGAGAGGGGUUAGGCCAAUAGUCCACCACGCUGGCCAAUGCCAAUGGUUCGAACCCACACCCUCCGGAAUCUGAGGCAGAGGUCAUAUCCACUGGGCUAUCACGGCUGUGACUGUCUCCCGUUUUUAAAUAGUUUUAACACAGUCGACUUGUUGAGUUUGCUUUCAAGUAAGGCGUACACCGACCGAAACACCGCGCGAAUAAAAUCGAACCGUUUGUUUUAAUUUAUUGUAAAAUCGAUGUUUAGACAACGUGUGAUCAGAAUAAACGUUGAGUGUUUUAGUGAUAUUUUGUGAUGAGUGUGUGUUGUGUAGCUGCAGUCAACACGACACGGUUGUGUGUGUUUUGUGUAGCUGCAGCCGACACAACACAGUUGUGUCUGAUAAUCUGCUCAUGUGUGUUGCGACUCACAGCCGCAAGUUAAGGGCGUAGCCUGUAAGACCUGCUAAUAUUAAGAUACCUAUUUAGUUUAUUAAAAUCUAUAAGAGUUUGUGCUCAUUACAAAUUCUAUGAACUAUCUUCUUUAGUGUUUUUUUUCUGAUGCUCUCAACGACAUGUCACAGUUUAUACUAUAACUUUAAACUCACAGACAUCUGUGAUUCUAUUAAACAUUAAAAUUUCCUUAAAAUGUUUGUUCUAACAUUCGAUCUCAAUGUACACAAAGUGUACUUCUCGCUCCAGACGUUGCUUAAUUGUUCACAUAUGAACAUUAGUCUCUUAGUAUUCGAGUGAUGCUUAAACAAAAACCAAACAAUAAAAUCGACUAUUGUUUCUGUUUUAUUAUUUAUUUUAUUUUUUGAAUUGGCGUAUUGUGGGUUAAUUAUAUGUAAAAUCCCACUUCUGAUGUUAUAUUAAUUAACUUGGUAUUUCCAGGCUGCGCCACUAAUCUGUGUGGGUCCUAUUUAUAAUAAUAGAUGUACGCGUAGUAGCUUUUUUAGUAUAUAGUUGUGAUAAAUUACUUCGGCGCUAAUUCAUAUUGACUCAAUUGACUGAACUAAAACAAAGUUCCCGUUUUUAUAAAAAUAAUCGUUUAAUACUAUCCAGCCGCAAUUUAACUAGGCAACCUAUGUGCAAUGUGUCACUGUCAGGCGCGUAGCUCCCGCCGUGUCAAUGAUACGGGGCCCCCGGAAUACAGGGACCCCAUAAGUGUGAAAGCAAAUAGUAGUAAAAUGUAAUCCAAAAUCACACUGAGUCUGAUGAUAUCCGGAAAAACAAACAAAAAAACUGCCUGCAGAGUUUCACUCCAGAAAUGAUAAAGUUUUUUGUGACAAUGUUUUUAUUCGGGGUUAAGCAAGCACUCAAAAGUUGGAAACAUCCUACCUACAAAGGUUAAAAAGUCACAGUCAUAUUUAUUUUAAGUAUAUUUCUUUUGUGUGAAAUUUACCCUUCAUUGCCACCGCAAACUAAUUUUGAUACAGGGCUCCUCUAAGGCAAACUAUUCCACUGGUGAAUAUUAUCUAUCAUUUAUUUAUUAUCUAUACUAAUAUUAUAAAGAGGUAAUCCUAAAUAAAUAAUAAAUUAGGGUACAUAUUCCUUAUGCGGGAUCUUAGACCAAAAAGAGAUAAACUAUACUCGUAUAUUGUAUGCUUAAACGUAAAUGAAGUCUUUUAAAGUUACCUGCUUUUAAGGAAGCUGUUAUGUCCGUUUUUUGAAGACUCCAUGCUUUGUGAAUGUAUUAGUUCAGUCAAUUUAGUUUAGUUUUCGUGAACAAUCAAAUUAGCUCCUUGAAGGCGACACAUUUUUAACCACCAACGCUAACUGUGAACACAUUUCGAAUCAAGUCUCGAAGUGACGCGCGCUCACAAAUCGCGUCGGGAGUUAAAAGUGUGUCUCCGCCCUUAUCAUUUGGACGUGUAUUCGCUAGUUGCUAGCGACUUAUUUUUCUAUAAUAUUGAAAGUGUAUUUUUCUAUGAGUAGAUGAGAUUUUAAAUAUGUACGUUGUCCAUAGCUGUUAAGUUAGGUUUAAAUGUUGUUACUUUUUUUUUUGGAUCUAUUUUUUAAAUGUAAUUCAAAUCUUUUUAACAUUUUGAUGUCACAAUUGUAGCUCGAAGUCUCCUCGAUUAUUCAGCUGCAGUCCCUUCACACUAGCCAUUCAGCCUCGAGAUAGUGUUUGUGAAGUUAGCAACAAUUGACUGCGCAAUGAAUCAAUAACGACAAACGGCGCGGGCGGGGGGUGUUCGCGUCUGUACGAUUGCGCACUCAUUCCGCAGCUAACUUCACAAACAUAAAGGUCCGUGGCGAGCACUGUGUGUGAAGGGGCUGUAAUUUAUUCUUGUGCUUUUCUAUGCAUUCAGUAAAAGGAAAACGCAAGUAUAACAUAUUAAUAAAACUGUACUACCGUUAGCUUUACUCAUUUUGGUGUUAGAAAAUGUUGUCAUAAUAUUUAAUGAAUGCUCAGUCACAGACAAACUGUAGUUGUGUGGAGGAAGAAUUUAUUAAAUAUCUUCUUUGUCCAUGACAUAGCAAUUAGCAUCCUGAAGUUAAUUUAUUCAAUGUUCAAGCAAUUUAAAUUUUCGUGUGAGGCAAAUAUUUUGCUAUAGUUAAAAUCUUUUUGGAGUUUACUCCUUAAGAAUUGAUUUUUCAUAUAAUAUAGGUAUGAAAAAAUAUGGGCUGUAAAAUUCGAUGAACGAAUGACAGCGUUACGUUUUUGUGCACAACCUAUUCUGCGCACCUUUCGCCAUACGCUGCUGCGCACGCCGCGGCCUGCUGCUCCUCGGUCGGUAUUGAGAUGUACAUAGUGUAUGCUGAUCGAUCUGAGAGAGUAAACUCCAUUCAUGCGUCGGAGAUGACACACUUUUUUUUCAUUUACUUUAAUAGAGGUUUACAUUUAUAAAAUAUUUUAGUAACGUGAGGCUGCAACACUUUAUUACUAUAUAAUUACGAUACUAUUAAAUAUCUGAUUAAAUCUACAGUUUGUAGAGGUUAGUGAAAUACAGUUGAAGUAGCAGUUUGAUGUUAUACAGUAGUUGUUAUUACUUUAUUGUACACAACACAACAACACAUGUCUCGUAUGGCUCAUUCUGUAAGUACUUAAAUGUGUGGAAAGCUUGAAGAUAGGAAUAUGAUUUUUGUGAUCCAAGUGCGUAUAUCUUGCAAAGUUAGCUCUCAUGUUCACUAGGCAAUAUCUAUAGGACACUGGCUCUCAAUCUAUCUAACCGGAGGUUCUAUCACUAUGUGAUAUUAUGACAUUGAUUGCUUAAUGAAUAUGAGGCUGUAAUUUUAGUUAUUUGUGUAUUAGUUUAAUAUGAUAAUGUUACUAAAAUUUAUUGAAAACUAGUCAAAAAUAAAAUUAUUGCAUUAAAAA